CAGUCAGAUUCUCGUCUGGCGGUGGGAAGCCCGGGACUGGAGCCUCCCGUUGGGGUGGCGAAAAGAGCGAGCUGCCCCAGGGUAAGCAUGGAGUAGACAGAGUUGGAUUUCAUCAAGAUUAGUGGCUUUGCCAGAGGAUGAUUCAUGGUGAUGGCUUGCAGGGUCAUGAACGAAAAAAGGCACAUGGGACUUCAACAACUUGCAUCAUUUGCAGAAACAGGAAGAACUUUCCUGGGCCCAGUAAAAUCAUCUAAAUUUAUUAUAGAUGAAGAGCGUCAUGAAAGUGUAUUAAUCAGUUCAACAGUAAGGCUUCUUGAAAGUUUGGAUUUAACCAGUGCAGUGGGACAGCUUCUCAGUGAAGCAGUUCAAGCACAAAAUAACACAUACAGAACUGGAACCAAUACUCUUUUGUUUCUUGUUGGAGCAUGGAGCAGUGCUGCUGAAGAAUGUCUUCAUUUGGGUGUCCCCAUUUCAUUAAUAGUGUCUGUAAUGUCAGAAGGCUUGGACUCUUGUAUUGAAGAAGUAGUUUCCCUUCAAGUCCCUGUCUACAAUGUAUUUGACCAUAUGGACAACACAAAGACAUUUUCUGGAUUUGAAACAUUUAGUGUCAGUUUGGGCCCUUUUCACCAAAUCCCUUCAGAUGCUGGUUUGAUACAGAAAAAGCAUAAUCUCAAAGAUGUUGCCUCUCAGUCAUUGACCAUUUACAGUCUUUCUGGGAGACCUGUUAAAUCACCUAAACUCUUUAGGCAUCAGGCUAAGGUUGAAGUAGAUAAAGACACAUCACAAACCCCUCAAACUCUGAAAAACAGUCUGCUUGCAGACACCUGCUGCAGAAAGUCAAUACUAAUCCACAGUAGGCAUUUUAAUAGGACAGAUAACAAUCAACAGAUAAGCAAACCAGAUGGAUUUCUAGAACAACAUGGUGCAGCUACUCCCAAAACUUACAGAUGUAAUGAUUUGGUAGAGUUGGAGAUGGGUUUGAGUCAUGGAGAUCACAGCAGCAUGAAAUUAGUAGACAACGCAAUACGACUGCAAUAUCAGAAUGCAAAUAUGCAACAGGGAAACCGUACGAUGCCAUUUAUGUUUGACAUUUCAAGAAUCUUCACUUACUGCUUACCAGGUUUACCUGAAGCGUUUUCUUGUGUCUGUCCAGGAUAUAUCACUGUUACAUCAAUAUCUAGUACUACCCUGAUCAAGGAAUUGCAGAAUCAGCCUGUCCGGGUAGUUCUUAUUGAGGGUGACCUCACAGAGAAUUAUCGCCACCUGGGAUUUAAUAAGUCUGCAAAUAUUAAAACAGUAUUAGAAAACACGAAGGUUCAACAAGACAGCUCAGAAGAACUGUGGAUAAAUCAUGUAUUGCAGGUAUUAAGUAAGUUCAACGUGAACCUUGUCCUGGCACAAGGAAAUGUAUCUGACUACUUAAUUGAAAAAUGCAUACACAGUAAGCGGUUGGUAAUUGGGUCGGUGAAUGGCAAUGUGAUGCAGGCUUUUGCAGAGGCUUCAGGAGCCGUACAGGUGGCCUAUGUUACACAAGUGAAUGAAAACUGUGUGGGUAAUGGGGUCCAUGUGACCUUCUGGGGAAGCAUUCCCUUGGAUGUUGUAGAUAUGGUUGACAGAAUGGCAAUCAUGUUAAAAACAGAAGGAAUUAAUUUGGUAACGGUAGUGCUCACCAGCCCAGUCACUGCACACAUGCAAGCCAAAGAAGAUAGAUUCUGGACUUGUGCCUAUCGUCUGUAUUAUGCUCUAAAAGAGCAAAAGGUCUUCCUUGGAGGUGGUGCAGUUGAAUUUUUGUGUCUUAGCCAUCUUCAGAUUCUCGCAGAGCAAUCUCUGAAUAAAAGGAACCAAGUGUGUUCAGGAUGGCUUCGUAAUACUUCCUCUUGGCUGGCCUCAUCUCUGGCACUAUACAGACCGACUGUCCUUAAAUGCCUGGCCAGUGGAUGGCACAGAUACCUUUCAACUCUCAUAUAUAACACUGCCAGUUACUCCUCAGAAUUUGAAGCCAGCACGUUCAUUCAACAUCAUCUACAAAAUGCCAUAGACUCUGGCUCUCCUUCAUCUUACAUCUUGAAUGAAUGUAGUAAACUAAACAGUGGAAUUUUCAAUUCAGGCAUUUCAAAUAAACUGGAACAGAUUGCAAGAGUUUAUGACAUUGUUACACCAAAGAUUGAGGCGUGGCGCCGAGCUUUGGAUUUAGUACUGUUAGUACUUCAGACAGACAGUGAAAUUAUUACUGGACUUGGACACACACAGAUAAAUUCACAGGUAUCAGAGGGCUUUUUAUUUUUGUAGUGUUAUGGGCUAAGUCUUUGGAAAAUAAUCUUUUGUAAUAUAUCAUGCUAAUAAUAAAUUUUCUACUGGCCAAGUCAUAGUGCCUAAAAUGUCAGCUAUUACCAGGAAGAAAAUCAUUGAUAUCUGUCAAUAACUGUGCAGGGUCCAAGAUUUCACCCUACUUACAUGCCGACAAGUUAGCCUGUUACUGUUACAUGGGAUGCUAUAGAAUACAUGAGAACUUGGGUCAGAGACAAAGAACUUUUAUUAUUCGCAGCAAAAGCAGUAGCCAGAGCUUUGUGUUGGUUUUUGUCAGUUCCCCAUUUCUCAAAGUCCUACAAAAGCAACACAAAGGGCCAAUGAUGGAAGCCUGCACACACACUGGGUUGUGUUACUGGAGAGGAACACUGAGCUUGGGAUAUUCACUGCUUUUAUAGUAAGCAGAAACAAUCCUGUUCUUUGCCCAAGGGGAGUCAUUACCUCAUGCCUUAGGGUUGCUCGGUGUAAACACAAGCCUGAGACAUGGACUAGGUAAAGGUAGGUCAGGUCAUUGCAUUCAUGGCAUACCCAGAAAGUAUGCACUGUCACUCAGAGCCCAUGAUGGAUAGCCUCUUCCAAGAGUUCACUCCUUAACCUGACAUGUUCUUGGCCAAACUUGAAUUUUCAUGCCACUCUAUUGGCUACUUUGAUUAGUCUGACAAACAGGUUGUUUAGUCAAUACCAAAUCCAUGCAAUUGGUCUCAUAUAGCAAUUAAUUAAGGCUACUAUCAACAGACUCUUGCGCAGCAGGAUGAAGCCAGUCUGCAGUAUUGACCUCAGUCAUGUCCCCCAGGGUCUUGAAUUUAGUCAACUGUAAAUUCCAGGGGGGUACCAGUAGGUCUUUUAUUAGCCAGAAUGUAGUCUAAAACCAAUUUAUUUUCCAUUAUCACUCACGCAAGGGAGCUUUGACUUGCUGAUCUUUGAUGUCAUUGCCAAAAAUUACAGGAGGCAAUAGAUGGGCCGAAAAGCAAUCCCCAUCCCUAAUGGAGAGAUCUUCCAUGGCCCAUUUUCCCCACAUACAAGCACAUAACCCCAACAGGCUGAAGUCACUCUACUUCAGGAUUUGUCAUUAAACCUGAUUUGUAUCACCAUUAUUUAGAUUUGAUUAAGUCACAAAGAUAGUGUCACCCAGUAGUUGCAGCCUCAGUUGCCCUACAUGGCAAAUUCCAAGGCCAUUCAAACAUUAAAAGAAGCAUAUGAUCAGUCAGAUUGAAACAAGGAUAUCCUGGUUCCUGUGUUUGCACAUGUUCACAUCUCAAAGCUGCCAUUGAUGGCGUUGUGUACUGCCUCCAAUACUGAAUAAGAGCCUUAAUAAGGUGUUGAGCCUCUUCUUUGGUGGUAGGGUGUCAAGGAGACUAUUUGUUUGAUUCCCUGAGGGAUUGAGUGCUAUGCAUCUGUCUAGACAGUCUCAAGAAACUUUACUUGGCAAACAGUGUUCUGAAUUUUGUCAGGGUUUAUCAGCCACUCCUACUGGUAGGGUUAGAUAACUCCACAGUCAGGUAGAUAAUGGCCACAGUCAGGGCUAUUAAGACAGGCUUCUAACUUGUCAACCACCAGAACAUCGUCUAUGUAGUGAACAUUUGGGGCAUCAGAGCAUAGAGGCACUCACACGAAGUCCCAUCCCGCGAAUGGGUUAGGGAAUGGGAGUGGAUGACAGGAAGUUUUCUCUACAUGCAACAAUGCCCUGAAUGGGAGAAUCUCCUCUAGCACUUUAUGAGCAUUUACAGUAUAAACAUAUAACACCUCAAUAUCAAUUCUGUAUUUUCAUAACAAUAGUACAUUGAAUUGGUCCACAGGGUCCCACCCACGGUGUCGUUUUUUUUCCUUUACUGCAAGAUUUGCUCCAAUCCUAUCAGUUGACUUUAGUCACUUUUCCCCCUCUCUGGGAAUAUGGACCAAGAAGUUUAACACUUGCCCAUUGGGGCCUUUAAACAGCUGGCAGGAGAUUCUGCUGUUUCCCUGGCUGGGAGCUCAGGAAGGAGCAGGGAGUGAGGGUGGCAGCCAAGGAGGUUCUGUUUUUCUGUUUUGGCUUUUCACUUCAGUGUUGGUGCCAACUUCUCUUCUAUGCUCUUCCCAGGAUCUGGAGAGCACCCAGACUCCAGGGAUCUUUCUGUUUGCUCUCCAUACACCAUGGAAUCUCCUCAGUGUCCUGCAGUCCUUGGUACUUUUGACCACCCUGAGCCAAACCUACUUCCCCUAUGGGACUGGGUAAAAUGGUGACUUGGGCACCUGCGUCUAACGGAGCUGUAAAAGUUUGAGUCACUUUCUUCCUCAUAGUUCCCCCAGCACACUGGGCUUCUUCCUUCAAGCAGCUGAGGUCAGGGUAGAGGGUGAAGGAGGUAUCAAGAAGUGUAGAGGGAGAGAACAGCUCCAUGCCCGUAAGCAAAGCCUUGAGUUUGCAGUAGUCCCUGUUAUCCACGGUUUCACUCUCUCUAGUUUCAGUGACCCAUGGUCAACUGCGGUUCAAAAGUGUUACAUGGAAAAUCCAGAAAUAAACAAUUCAUAAGUUUUAAAAAUUGCACACGUACUGAUGAACCGUGAUGAACUCUCACUCUGUCCAGCCUGGGACGUGAAUCAUCCAUUUAUCCAGCGGAUCCACACUGUGUAUGCUACCUGCCAGUUAGUCACUCAGUAGCCAUCUCAGUUAUCAGAUCGACUGUCACGGUAUCGCAGUGCUUGUGUUCAAGUCACCCUUAUUUUACUUAAUAAUGGCCGCAAAGCACAAGGGCAGUGAUGCUGGCCAUCCAGACAUGCCACAGAGAAGCCAUCAAGUGCUUCCCUUAAAGGAAAAGGUGCAAAAUUCUCGACUUAAUGAGGAAAGAAAAAAAUCAUGCUGAGGUUGCUAAGAUCUACAGUAACUUUUAUUACAGUAUAUUGUUAUAAUUGUUCUAUUUUAUUAUUAGUUAUUGUUAAUCUCUUACU